AUGCACUUCAGACCAGCUUCUUUCCUUCUCCCCCUCCUCACCCCCUCACCCUCUUCACUCCUUCAUAUCUCCCCUCCCAUUUUCCUCCCCUCCCUCUUCAUUCUCCCCCAAAUCUCCACCCACCUCUCCCUCUUCCUUCUCAUUACAUUCUCUCCCUCUCUCCUUCUCUUUGUCCUCUCCUCUCCUCUCUCCCCCUACCUCUCUCUCCUAUCCUCACCCCCUCACCCUUUCUCCUCUACACUCCUUCAUAUCUCCCCUCCCUUACCUCUCAUAUCUCCUCUCCUCUUCUCUUUGCCCCUAGCUCCCCACUCCCCCCUCACUUUCCUCCUCUCCCUCUUCACUCUCCCCCAAAUCUCUACCCACCUCUCCCUCCUCAUUACAUCCUCUCCCUCUCUCCUUCUCUUUGUCCUCUCCUCUCACCCCCAACCUCUCUCUCCUAUCCUCACCCGCUCACCCUCUCUCCUCUUCACUCCUCCCUUCCUCUCUUCCCAUCAUACUCUCUUCUCCUCACUCCCACGUAUAUCAUCUCUCCUCUCCCUUCUCUCUCCUUUUCCCCCUUCAUAUCUCCCCACCUUUCCUCCCCCAUCUCUCUCCCCUCCUCUCCUGUCUCCCCCUGAUCUUCUAGCCUCGCGAAGACCCCUCAUCUCUCCCUUACCUCUCCCCAUCCGCUCAGAUCUCCUCUCCUCUUCCCUUUCCCCUUGGCUACCUACUCCCCCCCUCAUUUUCCUCCUCUCUCCUCUCCUCCUCAUUCCAUCAUCUCCCUCUCUCCUACUCUUCCUCCUCUCUCCUGUCCUCACCUCCUCUUCUCUCUCCUACCCCCCUCCUCCCACACACACACACCUCUUUUUCCCCCUCUCUCCAUUGGCUCCCACACUCCGCACGUGCGCCUCUCCCAUGCCCGUUUCCAAGGUUACAGCUGCUUUGUUUUUUUUUCCACCGCCACACCCCGCCUCACCCCGACUGCAGCGGCCGCUCUCCCCCCUUUCACUUAAGCGCCGUGAACUGGUGUGCAGCUGA